AUGCCUAAAGCCUCGGCUCCGCCUUACCUCAACCUGUCCUCCAAGAAUAAUGAGGAUGUUUUUGGGCUUACACCGGCGACUCUGAGUCCGAGAUCGACUGGCUCUCCUCAUACUCCCGAGUCCCCCCCCGGGUCACCUUUUCUACAGGAACCUUCGACGCCUUCCAUUAUGCAUCCGAUCUCCACUUCGCAGGAUAUUCGUGACGAGGGUGAGCGACCGGGGCCGAAUUCUCCUACGAUUACUGCAAUUCCUGAAUUUCCUCCUUCACCAGUCACUCAGUCGCCGAGACAUGGACGCGAGGCAUCCAAGAGCUUCUUCUCAAACUUGAUGGCCUCGAAAUCCUCACACAAACUUCAGAGUUCCGAAUCGAGCAUUCCAGAAAGUGGAGAAAGACCAGGCACAAGAAGUCGACCAAGUUCGAAGGAUAGAUCUGUUCAUUCAGUGCAGAAGCAAGGCUCGACGCCGGAACUAUCAAAAAUGGGACCUGGGAACUCAAGUGCCGGCAACACUCCUGCUUCCUCGGAGGCUACUCCCCAACCAGCUUCGGAGGGUGCUCAAACAAGCAGAAAGGUCAGGUCAAAGCUGGGCGGGAUUUUGACACGAACCAAGACUCUAAAACUCGACGAACAGACACCGAAGGGCAAGGGCUCAGCACCCGGGCCACUUCAAAUUGAUUCGACGCACCAGACUAGCGACAAUCUUGAACCGUCUCCCAGAACUGCGCCCAUCAAGAUGAUGGAUCACCGAGAAAGGGUGUUGGCCAGUCAGGCUAGUGGGCCGAUGCGUAACCACUCAGCAGAUCGUCAUCGCCGGGACGAGUCAAGUGCGGGAAAAAGAGAGCGACUAGCAGGGAGCAUGCCUGCAUCGCACUCCUUCAGGGAAGGGUCUACACUUCAGAUUCUCUCAAAUAUUGGUCAAACAGGCAAGGGCAUGGGUGACCGCCUGGGGAAGGCCGGCAAAGGCUUUUUCGGAAAGAUUACCAGGAGUGCGAGCAGCACCGAACGCGAACUCGUCACCGAUGACAAUUACACUUGUACCACCAUCAAUCUGCCACUUGUGAAGCAAACUCGCAAGACUCGGAUCGCUCGACGCCUCGAUUUGUCCAAGGACAAAACCGAAUUUUGGAUGCCUGCCCUGCCAUGGCGGUGCAUUGACUACUUGAACAUGAACGGUGCCGAAGAAGAAGGAUUAUAUCGAAUCCCGGGUAGUGGCCGGGACGUCAAACAUUGGCAACGUCGCUUUGACACCGAGUACGAUAUCAAUCUUUUUGACGAGCCUGAGCUCUACGACAUCAAUACGAUCGGGUCUUUGUUCAAGUCGUGGUUGCGAGAGUUGCCGGACGAGAUUCUCCCCAGGGAGGUUCAAAGCAAGAUUUCUAGCCAGUGCGCGGGCGCUACCUCAGCACCUCAGCUCCUCAAAGACGAAUUGUCCCGGCUUCCGCCGUUCAACUAUUACCUCCUCUUCGCCAUUACGUGCCAUCUCAGCCUGCUGAAUCACUAUGCUGACAAGAACAAAAUGGACUUUCGAAAUCUGUGCAUAUGCUUUCAACCUUGUCUGAAGAUCGAUUUAUUUUGCUUUCAAUUUCUGGUUAUGGACUGGAAGAAUUGCUGGCAGGGUUGCUGGACAGAGCAAGAAUACCUGGAGGAGGAAUACCGCUACGAGCGCGAAGGGUCCAUCAACGAAGCCGAAGACUCGGCGGGCGACGAAAGGGCGAUUUCAUCCAGUGGAAGCAGUCAACCGCAAGCCCCAAUGCCGCCACGGACCGCGGAUGCAGGCGCACAACGCAAGUCGACCAUGCUCAAGUCAAAGCAAAGGAGUCUGUCCUCGGAGGGUGGCGCAAGACGGCGAGCCGACAGUGGGCAUGCUGUUACGCAAAGCGUACCGACAGUACCGAGAGUGGUGACCCCAGAACCUCCUGCGUUGUCGUUGGAUCAAAAAUUGCCGGAAUUGACAGGGCUUUCUCCCAUAAGGAUGUGA